AUAUAUAAAGCCCCUUGAUCAGAGCUUCAUUUCCAUCCCAAACCAAACCCUUGUGACCAAAACAAAAAUUAAGAAAUAUUAUAUCAUCAAUAAUAUUAUGGAUCGCAUUGUGAAAGUUGCAUCCCAAAAGGCGGUGGUGAUCUUCAGCAAGAGCUCGUGCUGCAUGUGCCAUGCAAUCAAAAGACUGUUUUACGAGCAAGGGGUGAGCCCGGCGAUCUACGAGCUCGACGAGGACUCCAAGGGGAAGGAAAUGGAGUGGGCGCUGGUGCGGCUUGGGUGCAACCCUUCGGUCCCGGCGGUUUUCAUUGGGGGCAAGUUUGUGGGCUCUGCUAACACUGUCAUGACUCUUCAUCUCAAUGGCAAUCUAAAGAAAAUGCUCAGAGAAGCUGGAGCUUUGUGGCUUUAAAGUUUAAACAUCACCACCCGCCAUUAAUUUGCCUCUAAAGAUUUCCAAUUUUCCAAAGUAAUAAGGUUAACUCCGUCGAUCGUUUUGUUUUGUUUUUACUUGCAAGUAUACGUACAUUUGCAUGGAAAAUAAUAUUCUAUAGAGAGUGAAGUUUUGUGACUCAAAAACUGUUCUAGUGAUGCAGAACUUGUAUUGAGAAUGGCUUUUGUUUUCUUUUCGAAAUUUUACUUACCUUUGAAUUUGACAGUACUUUUGAUCC